UGAGGGAUCUACAUGCAACGCUGUAAGAAGUCGUUCCUACGAACCUCGCACUAAUGAUUCAUCGUCUAUAUCAGAGGAAUUGGUCUUCGAUGUUGAUUCCAAGCUUGUACAAGAGGAAAACAACACUCAGAGGCCACUUUCCCGAGAACAGGAUGACAGACUAUUACAAGAUACAAUUCUGACCAAUCACCUUUGCAAACAAAAGGAGACAGAAAUAAAUCUUAAGAAAGUGAAUUCUGAGGUUUCUGACAGUUACAAAAAAGAAAAAGACCUGUUGCGUGAAAGUCACAUGUUGUGGGAUGAAAUCGCCAAACUAAGACUGCAAAUGGACACACUGAAAACUCGAAUUCAGGAAAUGGAAAAAAAAUAUUUUGAGGACACUGCAAAUGUAAAAGAAAAGAAAGACCGUCUUCAAAAGACGAUAAAACUGAAUGAAGAAACACUAACAAAAACAGUAUUUGAAUAUAACAGACAGCUUAAUGUCCCAACAGCUGAGAAUACAAUGCUGAAUUCUCCACUGGAGAAUGAAAGGCAAAGCAAAGAAAGAUUGAAAACAGAAGCGGAAUCCGACCUUUGUAUGCCGGCUACUGCUUCUCUCCAUCAUUAUGAGCUUAGUAAGCAAUUCAUAAGACACCUACAAAAUGCUUUCCAGGGAUUCAGAGAUGAAUGCUUGCAUUUCAUGGACAAAAUCGGGUUUGCUCUGUGUAACCUAAAAGAAAACAGUGAGAUUCUUUCUCAGCAACUUUCUAAAGCUGGAAGUAAAUUCAAUAGCUUAGACACUGAGCUCCCUCACACAAGAUUUGCUGUCAGAGAAAGGCCGUUGGUUUUUGAACCUGUACUGAAAGACCUAAACCAAACUCAGUGUCAAGAGGAGGAAAUUGAACAUAUGUAUCGAAGGGAACAAGGACAAGUGAACACAUAUAUUGGGAAGCUGGAAUCCCUAAAGGAGAAAGGUUCAGACCUACAAAGUGGAAAUAUGCUUCUUCGACAGCAACUGGGUGAUGCGUUCAACAAAAGUGACAAUAAUGAAAACUCAGAAAUGAGUUUUAUUGAAGAGCAGCUUCGGGAGCUCAAAAAAGUGCUUGAAGCUGAAUGUGAAAAACAAGACCGUAUCAUGAAAGAGAGAAAUCAGCAGUUUUUCAACAAAUUAAGGCAAUUGAAAGGAAGAAUGUGCCAGUGUGAAAAGAAUAAAUCAGAAAGAGAAGUGCUUGGGAGACAAUUUCAAGAAGAGCUACCUGACUCCAUAAAAAAGCUGUCUAAGUCAGAGGCUUCACUGGAGGUUAGAUCAGAUUACCGUAUGAAUUCAGAAGCUGAGACACAGGAUUUCAAGACAUUAGAGCAAAACAGAAGUCAGUCUGAGGAUGAAAAGGAACAAUUGAAGUACUAUAUGAAGCUAGCACAAUCUCUGCAAUAUAAUUUGAAUCAAGAGGAGAAGAGACAAGGUGAAUUAGAGAAAAAGAUUGCCGGCUUGAAGACACUCUUUCAGAACACAAGGAUGCUACAUGACAAUCAAAAUGGAGACCUUAGUUUCCUUGGAGAUUUAGAACCCAAUCAAUCUGAAAUGGAUAUUCAGAUGAAUAGACUAAAACAGACGGAACAAGCAGCAUCUCAAGAAAACGUAGACCCGUUAAAUGAUGCUUCCAUAAGUGACAUGGAGGUCAGAAUUCAACGUCUGGAAUCUGAACUCUCUGAAGUGAAAAUGUCUCAAGAUUCUUUUAAAAUAGAAUUGGAGGAAUUUAAGCACCUCUUCCUAGAGGAAUUAAAACUUACAACAUCACUGGAAAACAAAUUAAACAAUACUAAUGACAUGCUGGCAGAGAUGAGAACCCAGCUUCUCAUGAAGUCACCACGAGACACUUCACUCAGCACCGCUCCUAGCAGGCCAGUCCUGAUGCCACCUUGCAUUGGAAGGCUAAAUGAUUGGUUGUUACCUCGAGGAAAUCUCGCUCCAAGAGAACAGUUGGUGAUUCGUACGUCAACCCCACAGACUUCUAAUAAGGGCACCUUGACCAACUUGUUGAAGAUCACAAUCUUCCGUGACUUUGCCUUGGUUUCUUGA